UUGCACUGUUCCAAAACUCAGACAGCCGUUUCUCCUGCUUUGUGCUUCUGCUUUCUGCUUUCUGGUUUCCUUGUGGUCUCCUGGUGGUGUCUUUUGCUCCUGGACUUCCUCCGUUGCUUCAGACUGACAGGCUACUAGUAAGUCUGAGCUUUGAAAGCGCCAUUCACGUGUUUGAAGCAUCGUUAGCAAAGAAACCCGCUCACCGUUCACGUGUCUCCGCUUCUCAUAAAAGAAUCCCAGAAGAGGAGCCUAAUUUAUCCGCUUCUCGCGGUUCUCAUCCACACGGCUCGAUCGUUCCUCCCCUUCCACGAUGGCCGCCAGCGACGUGGCGACCCCUUCACCAGUCCAUUCCGCGGGAGAUUUGCAGCAGAACGCCACGUCAGCAACCACGGCCACAGCGUCAGCAACCGCAGAGCCUGCAGGCACAGGUUCUGCAGUCCCGCAUUUGCUGGCUCUGGUCCAGGACAUGCGCGCAACGCGCGAUAGCCUCGGCGACCGGCCGUCGGUGAAGGACGUGGAAGCCGCCGCUAAGGAAAUCAUAGCCAUCGACAAGCAUCUUGUAUCGCAAAUGGAAGCGCUUGUAUCGGAGACGCGGCCAGAUGGCGCUGACGCGUAUCUGUUCCAGCAGCUGGUGGCCUUAAAGCGGGACGUGAUGCAGACUGCAGCGAUUAUGAAGAAGCGUAAGCCGCAGGCGAUUCUGGAUCUGGAGGCCAAGUACCGGCACUACGACAAGAUGGUCAUGCUGGCCGAGGAAGCCGUGCUCACAGGCCGACUCCCGACCCUCGUAGCCUCGGCAGGAACCGAACCUGUUGCUGCCGAACCGUGCGCCGAACCUGCGGAGGCCGGAAUUCUUCCGGACGCGGUGAUCAGUGAGGAGACAGACGGGGAGAAAGCUGUUGAAGCGGUGACUGAUGGUGCAAAUGUUGGCGAUGCAAAUGAUGGCGAUGCUGCAGCAACAGCAGCAGCAGCAGCAGCAGCAGCAACACCAGCAGUAGCGGCCGCAGUCGCAGCCACGACCGCAGCCGUCGUCGGAGCAGCAGCCGCGGGAGCAGCGAUCGCCGCUUCUCCCCCUGCGGAAACCGCGGCAGCUAAGCCCGUUACUGUCACAUCCGCCACUAGCCCCGACUCCACCCUCGCCGCUACAGCCGCGGAGAGCCCCGCCGCUACAGCCAUCGGAAGCCCCGCAACACAGAUGGCGGUGAGCCGUCCCGCGCCGACGAGCUUCUCCCCUCCCCCGGCGCCAUCCGCGCGAGCCGCGUCGUUUGGAAGGGACGUGGGCGGUGCUGCGGAGAUAAGGAGGGACGCUGGCGCGGGGGGGAAGGGGGGCAAGGACGGCAAGGGUUCGCAUUCUAACGCCGUGUCGAAAUUCGCGACGAUGCCUCAACAAGCCUCUCAGCUGAAGCCCAUCGAGGAGGCAUCAUCCGACCUGGAGAUCGACCCCAAGCUGCUGUCCGUGCUGGAGGAAGCCGCCCAGGACAGGCGCCAGGAGCUCGACCUGCAGGGCCACCACUUUAAAGCGCCCCUCGCCUACGUCCCCGAGUCCAUCGGGCUGCUCGACUGGAUUGUGGAGCUGCGCCUGGCCAACAACGGGCUGGUGGUCCUGCCCCAGGCCAUCGGGAACCUCUUCUGCCUCUCCGUGCUCGACGCCUCCUGCAACAAGCUCGUCGAGCUGCCCGAGUCCAUCGGGCACCUGGCGAAACUCCGUGUGCUGGACCUGCACCACAACUACCUGGAAGAACUCCCCACGUCCAUCGGCCACUGCGAGGCACUAGAAGAACUUCGCCUCGGAUUCAACUCCCUCACUGGGCUGCCAGAAGCCAUCUGCAAACUGGGGGAGCUGAAGCUGCUGUCGGCUCCACUCAAUCAGCUGACGUACGUCCCGAGGCGGAUUGGGAAUCUAGAGAAGCUGACGGACCUGGACGUGCAUUACAAUUCGCUGCAGUCCAUCCCGGAGAGCAUCGGGCGGCUGGAGCGGCUGACGGUGCUGAAUAUCAGCGCGAACCACUACCAUCUGAAGGAGCUCCCGGAGACGAUUGGGAACCUGAGGAGUUUGGUAAAGCUGGACAUUAGUGAGAACUACAUUAAGAUCCUGCCCAUCUCGUUCGUGAACUUGACGAGUCUGAAGAAGCUGUCGCUGCAGGGCAACCCGUGGCAGCACCCGCCCAUGGAUGUCGCCAACUCAGGGCUGCAGGGUGUGAUGGAUUAUCUGAACCUGCAGGAUAUAACGGAAGGGGAGGGACAUGGGGGUUCCAAGAAGCUUGGAGGGCUGCUCGGAUUCUUCAGGCAGAAGCAGAAGGAAGAUCCGAAACUCGCUGCUUGGAAGAAGAACACUCGCACGUUAUAGUGUGCAGUCACUUGCCCGACAUACCGAUGAUACUUGCCUAGUACUCCAGUUCAUCUUGUUUUAGCUUGAUGCGUUGUUUGUUAGCAUUUAGAGCCUAAGGAAGGCUUAGUUCUAACAUUGGCACAUACCGUAACUGCAUGAUCGCGUAGGCGUGGAUCUUGGUAGGACCCUCUUUCUAUCAUUCAACAGUUUUUAAGUGCUGAACAGUUGACUAG